AUGCCGAUGAGGUUUGCUCCGACAUUCAACCGCCUCGUCGCGAGCAGCUGCUCACCCUGGCUUGCGGUGGCAGCCGCGUUUGUGCUGUCUGGGCUGGUGCAGUCGGCAGCAUCCUCCUCAUCCGAUGAGGCAACUCAUGAUGGUCUUCGAAAGCUCACUGCUGCCAAUUUUACUCUCGUCAACGAUGGUGCAUGGCUCAUCGAAUUCUUCUCGCCCGUUUGCGUCCACUGCAAGAAGUUCGGCGCUACCUGGUCGGAGCUCUCCCAAAAUAAGGACUCGCUGCGCACCCAAUAUCCACAGGCACCCUUCACCCUCGCUCAAGUCGACUGUCUCGCCCAGUGGGACUUGUGCACGGAGCAGGGCGUCCAGUUCUUGCCUCGGCUUACCAUCUACCAGGACGGCAAGCAGAAUGCCGAGGAAUACAAGGGAGACCGCAACUAUCCCGAGAUCUCGGCUUACAUUGAUAAGUUUGCCAGAGAAUAUCGUCAGAAGAAGGGCGUUGCUGACGUACCGCUUGUAGCGUCCACCAACUCCGACGCCACUUCAACAGCUAUCGAGUCUUCCAAUCCUGCUUCAGAUAACGCUGCUUCCAUUUCGGCUGCAUUGCCAUCCCCAUCUCCGUCGUCAUCCAGCGAGCCAGCUGCUGUUACCCCAAGUCCGGCAUCCUCUUUGUCCUCCCUCGAGCCGAUCCAGGAGAUCUUGCCCGCAGGCCCCAACUCCAAAGGUCAGCUUCUGAGCUACGGCACUGCCCCCGUCCAAAACCAGCAAGAGCUUGCAGCAUGGCUCGCCAAAUCGUCCGGUCAGGGACCCAGCUUUGUCAAGUUUUUUGCUCCCUGGUGUCCACACUGCAAAGCCAUGGCCGCCGCCUUUAAGCAACUUAGCCAAUCGCUCAAAGGCAGGGUCAAUGUGCUCGAGGUCGACUGUGAAGCUAACCACGCUCUCUGUGCCAGCUACAACAUCCGCAGCUACCCUGUCCUUCGCCUGUACAAUCAAGGCAACCUCAAGGAGUACACGGGCGGCAGGAAUCACGAUGCUAUGCUUAAAUGGGUGCUCAAAGCCGUCUCGAGCUCAGGACUCAAACCUGUCAGCUCGAGCACCGAGCUCGUGAGCCUUUCCAAGGAGAAUGAGGUCAUCUUUCUCUACCUUCACUCGCCAGGCACUCCCAUCGACGAGGUCCACGCCGUCGAGACAGCUAGUCAAGCGCUCUUUGGCGCCCGAGCCCCCAUCUUUGUUUCCUCCGAACCGUCCCUGCUCGAUAGGUACUCGAGCUCUCUGGCGCAGGACCGUUCUACAUCCGUUCCCGCCGAGUCUGGCCUGCUGGUGUUCAAGGAUCAUUCGAUAGCCCAGCCCGUCUCGGUCCUCAACCCGUCCAGCUUGCGUGCAUCCGAUUCGGCUUCAGUAGAGGGCGUCUACUCGGAGCUGGCCACCUCCAAGAUCGCCGCCUUCUUGUCUCGUGAGCAGUACUCGCUCGUCACGGAGCUCACAGCUGCCAACUUUGAGGAGAUCGUGCGCAACCGGGACGACGCGCUCGUUGUGCUUGCUGCGCUAUCCGAUACCUAUCAUGGCUCGCAUCAAGCUGACGUUUCUGCCCAAGGUAUCGCGUUGAAAGAAGUCGAAUUGUCGACGCUGCGCUCCGUUUCGCUCGAAUGGAGGUUGAAACAGGCUUCAACGUCGGCUCGGCCGGUCGUGUUCGCAUGGAUCGACGCGGACCGUUGGAAAUCGCCCCUCAAGAAGCUGUAUAACAUGGAUGCUACCAAAGUACCUGCAGCUGUUUUGGUGGAUGGCAACCAGUUGCUGUACUACGACCUGCCCUUCCGUUCUGGCUCUGGGGCGUCGGCCGUGAGUGCGCAACAAUGGAUUUCCAACGACAUCUUUGAUAGCAUCACCGACGCCAUCCAGGGCAAGACUCGACCGAAAUCAUCCCGGAGCCUUUUGCAGAAAUCGGUUCGUGGUGCUGGCAACUACAUGAACGCGUUUGUGGGGACAUGCGUCGCGCACCCGAUCGCUGCAUUUGGAUUUGUCUUUUUCAUCAUGGGCGCGCUGUUCUUCUAUCUUAGCAAACAACCCUUCGGGCUCGAGCCCUGGGCUCGAGCUCGACGUUGCCUAUCUACUCCAAGGUUUCGACGGUCAAGGCCGACUGAGACAAACAUGCGGCUAGCACGCUGCCUGUCCAUUCACGGUUGUCGUUGUCGAACAUUUCUCUGCAUUUUGUGA